CGCCACAACAAUCUACACAGAUCAAUGCAGUCAUGAUAUCUGUGGACACUGUAUAGCGAUGUUCAGAAAUCCUCGAGAGAAUGCAUCUUUAAACUCCUCGAAUGCCAUGCUCCCGUCGACCGGCCGCCCUCCUACUCCGCCACUCAGCGGUGGCCACAAGCAAGUCACCUCGUCUCGAUACUUUGCCUCGCCUGCGUCCGUAGCAAAUCGGGCUCCUCCAAUGUCUAAGACCCCUGUUCUCGGUCGCCAACCAGCGUCCAGAAUACCCAGCUUAAAGAAGAGUAGCAUUCGCCAGAAUCAAAGUAUUCUUCAGUUCUUCGGGAAGGCAGAUAAUAAGAACGAGGUAGACGCGAAAUCAAACCUACCUCUAUUUUUCAAGGAUGCAAGCCAAAGCUUUAUAGAGCAGGAUGUUCUAGGCAGAGAUGAACGCACCUUUUCUGAGGAUGACUCGUCGAGAUUCAACGAAAACGAAGGCCCGCUGAAGAGGAGGCGUACUACCGACGACGACGGAGAUUUCUUCAUCCGUACGCCCUCUCCAGAGCGCAAAAGCUCGGUUACUGGACUUGAUACGGGAAGGCACUCGAACAAUGACACAAAGCCUGUGAAAGCGAGGAAGCAACGGGGUGGAUUUUUGGAUGAUUCAAGCGAUGAAGAAGAUGAAGACUGGGUGGGCGCUGUUGACGACACUGUCGAACAAAAUUCAGCUGCGGGUGAAGUAGGAGAAUUUGAGCCGGAUGACAAGGACGACAUUGACCCCGGAACAGGAAUUACAACCAGUGACGUCCCCUUGAUACCAUCAGCUCCAGAAAAUGAGGACGCCGCUGACCACGACCGGCAUGAGCGUACGAGUGGUGCUGCAAAUAUCCCAGAACUACCUCAGGAAGAGACUAGCAUUUUUAACGCAGGAGAUUUUGGUGAAGAUGAUUUCGAGGAAGACGAAUUUUAUGAAGGCGGAGAAGAAUUUCUGGAACGAAGAUGGAUGGAGGAGCAGCGAGAAAUGGGUCUGACCUUUGAAGAAGACUCAAAGUCCGAGAGCGGUGCGGACAGCGUGCGAACCCCCCGGAGUAUUAUGGAAGAUGAUCUUCAGAUUGAAGUGGAACAAAACGACACCAUUCCUCUAUGUCCCAUUUGCAAUGGUAACAUGCAAGGUCUCUCCGAAAGCCAAGCGUCCACCCACGUCAAUGCUUGCUUAGAUGGCACAGCCGAACCUCUGCCCAAGGAGAAUAUUCUCUCGGCGCCCGAGAAACCGCGGCAGGCGUCUUCUGCUCCUGGUCAAGAAGUAGUCGGCACAAAACGCUUCCAACGUGCUGCGGUUGCUCGUCCAGCACAGUCAAACCCUUUCUCUGUCGGUGCUGAUGUUAAGGGCGGCUCUGCUUUCACUCGCCUGAUGUCCGGACACGCUGAAGAUGCGGCGUGGGCAGAGGCAGCUGCACACGAAUCCCGAUCUCGCGGCAAGCCAGCGUAUCAACGGACCUGUCCUUUCUACAAGAUCAUGCCAGGAUUCUAUAUUUGCGUCGAUGCUUUCCGCUAUGGUAAGGUGGAAGGUCAGAACGCCUAUUUUCUCAGUCACUUCCACAGUGAUCAUUACAUCGGCCUGACAUCGUCAUGGUGCCAUGGACCUAUCUAUGCUAGCAAGGUCACUUGCAAUCUGAUGCUACAGCAGUUAAAGGUUGAUCCAAAAUGGGUUGUUCCUCUUGAAUUUGAGAAGAAGGUCGAGGUCCCCAAUACCAACGGUGUAUGUGUGACCAUGAUUCCAGCCAACCAUUGCCCUGGAUCUUCGCUGUACCUGUUUGAGAAGGUUACUGGCAAGAACAGAGAUGGCACCCUGAAAAACACACGCAUUCUGCAUUGUGGAGAUUUCCGCGCGUGUCCAGCACAUGUUAAUCAUCCUCUAUUGCAACCUGACGUUAUGUGCAGCAUCACGGGACAGCUGAAACAACAAGUAAUCGACACUUGCUACCUCGACACCACAUAUCUGACGCCGAAGUACUCUUUUCCUAGCCAGUCGGACGUCAUCGAUGCCUGUUCCCAGAUGUGCAUCAGCUUGUCGAAAGAAAUAGUAGACCUGAACGACGAUUGGGAACGCACGAAAGCAGACCGUGCCGGUAGCACAAUGAAAAAGUUCCUCGAGCAGGGCGAGAGCACUUUGCCUAAGCAGGAAGGAGACGAUUCUGAUAGGAAGCCGAAGAAGAGGGGGCGUCUGCUCGUUGUGAUCGGAACUUAUUCAAUCGGCAAAGAGCGCAUAUGCCUGGGUAUUGCGAAAGCCUUGGGAUCUAAGAUUUACGCACCACCUGCAAAGAUGCGGAUAUGCAAGUGUCUGGAGGACGACGAGUUGACUGCUCUCCUUACCUCGAACCCGCUUGAAGCGUCGGUGCACAUGCAGACGUUGAUGGAAAUCCGCGCAGAGACCUUGCACGAGUACAUGACAAGCUACAAGGGGCACUUUGCCCGCGUUGUGGGUUUCAGACCAACAGGCUGGUCCUAUCGGCCACCUACGUCUCGAUUUACUGAGAAUCCAGCUGUCAGCACGGUUCUGACCUCGGAUGGCUGGAAGAGUAGAUUUUCUAUACGCGACUUGGCUCCUCAGAGGGGGAGCACGAGAGAGUCCAACUGUUUCGGUGUGCCGUAUUCGGAGCACAGCUCUUUCAGGGAACUGACCAUGUUUUGUUGCGCUUUGAGGAUCAAUCGCGUCAUUCCAACGGUCAACGUGGGCAGUGCGAGGAGCAGAGAGAAGAUGAAAGGCUGGAUUGAAAAGUGGGAAUCGGAAAAGCGAAAGAAUGGCCUUUUCAAAGUAGAAGUCGGUGCAGAAGGAUGGGGAAGUGGUGAUGGAAAGUUGAGGUACGGGGUAUGAACGAGAGUCUGGGUGUACAUCAUGUAUCAUUCAUCUUUUGUAUUUGCCCUUACAUAUUGCGAUAUUGUCCAUAUCGCCGUAGCCAAGCUGCCCAUCCUCA